ACCUCAUUGGCUAUCCUAUGUGGUCUACAACUGUAAUAAUAUAGAAAAGUGGCGGCUGGUUCAACGGGGCCUUCCCAGAAGGUUCAUUGCUAUGAAGAUGGAUCUUCCAGCUUCUGUUUUUUCGCAGAGGAUAAGCAUAUUCUCCUAUGUAUAUAUAUACACGUCUAGAGUCCAUUAAAGCUGUCUGGUAAUUAUGAUUUUCUUCAGGUGUGAGGUACUCUGCUAUAUUUCUUAAUUAUUCCAGAAGUUUCUGCAUUUUAUUCAAUUUUUGUUUGUUCAAUCAUUUUCCUGUUCAUAACAUAAACCAGUUUGCUGAUAUUGUGCAAAUCUGAAUCUUGUUAUCUGUUUGUGUUCUGGGUAUCUCUCACUCGUCCAAUUGGGUCAAGUUCUUAUUUGAUUGCUUUUAUGGAUACCCUUCUUGAAAGAUAUUCUCUUUCCAUGGAAAGAUUCAAUUUUGGGCAUGGCUCAGCUUCAUUCUAUUCUAAUCAGAAUCUGGUAAAUGGGUUCCAAGUAAAUCAAGAAUCCACCAGUCCAAUUUGCCUUUCAACCAAUUUGGACCACCCUAGUGAUUCAAAUACUUCUUUGAGCUCUGGUUCAGAUGGAGAUACUACUGACAUUAGUGAUUACAAUCGCCCUGUGAUUAAGUACAUAACUGAUAUUCUUCUAGAAGAAGACCUGGAGGGUAAGCCCUGCAUGUUGCAGGACUGUUUGGCCCUCCAAGCUGCUGAAAAAUCUUUCUAUGAUGUCCUUAAUCAGAAGGACCCUCUUUCACCCAACCAACCCCCUCUUUCUGUUUACCAAAGCUUUGAGAACUCAGAUGAUGAUUUCCCACAUAGUUGUCAUAGCAGUAAUGCCUCUAUUGCUGCAAAGACAAACUGGGUUUUUGAUCCUUCUGAAACCUCACAUGUCCAAUCUUCUCCUGUUCAGUCUCUACCAGAUGCUGGUUUGGAUUCAGAUUCACUUUCUGAGAUGCAAAGGCUCGAGUAUUUUGGAGGGUUAAGGGAAGCAAGCAAGUUUCUUCCAAAGGUAAAAUUUGAAACUAUUGAUCUGAAGGGGUGCCAGUUAAUGCCUCCGGGUCUUGAUCAGUGGCCUCCAGCUACUAACACACUGAUGAGGAGGCCAGACAAUGAUGACUACAGUUCAACAAAUAGAUCAAAGGGAAAGAAAAAUCAUCAAAGGGACAAUGGUGAUUAUCCAGAAGAAGGCAGAAGCAACAAGCAGCCAGUUGCUUUUGCUGACGACUCUGAGCCGCAAGAAAUGUUUGAUGAAGUUUUACUUUGUCUUGGGUAUCAUGAGUUUGAAUCGUGUUCUAAUGAUGAAUCUUUGAUAACUGAGGGAAGUGGGAAGUUGCAGCGCAACAAGCAGUCAAAAGGGUCUAAAACAGCUGGUUCAAAGAAGCAGAAUAACAACAGGGAACUGGUGGAUUUGAGCACACUGUUAACUCAAUGUGCACAAGCUGUUGCAAGCUAUGACCAAAGAACUGCAAGUGAACUACUCAAGCGGAUAAGGCAGCAUUCUUCCCCGUAUGGUGAUGCUACACAGAGAUUAGCUCAUUACUUUGCGGAUGGCCUAGAGGCACGCUUGGCUGGAGCCAGAACUCCAUCAUACUCUCCCCUUGUUAGUAUGCAGAUAUCAGCUGCUGAAAUCUUAAAAGCUUACGAGGUAUUUGUUACUUCAUCCCCUUUCAGGACGGUGUCAAAUUUCUUGGCAAACAGAACAAUUCUGAAAUUAGCAGAAAAAGCAACAAGGCUUCACGUUAUUGAUUUUGGCAUUUCUUAUGGUUUCCAAUGGCCCUGCUUUAUCCAACGUCUCUCCAAGAGACCGGGUGGACCUCCUAAGCUUCGUAUCACAGCAAUUGAGCUUCCCCAACCAGGUUUCCGACCUACAGAAAGGGUUGAAGAGACGGGGCGUCGCCUGAAAAAAUAUGCUGAGAGAUUUAAUGUCCCAUUUGAGUACAAUGUCAUUGCUCAGAAGUGGGAAACAAUCCAAUUUGAGGAUCUUAAGAUUGACAGAAAUGAGGUGAUUGUUGUGAAUUGUAUGAACCGGCUAAGGCACAUACCUGAUGAGACAGUGAUGGUGAACAGUCCUAGAGACAUUGUCCUAAAAUUGAUCAAGAAAAUUAAUCCAGACCUAUUCUUUCAUGGGGUUGUCAAUGGGACAUACAAUUCACCCUUCUUUGUCACAAGGUUCAGAGAGGCACUCUUCCACUUCUCUGCACUGUUUGAUGUGUUUGAGGCCAGUGUUCCUCGUGAAGAUGAACGGCGGCUGAUGUACGAAAAAUAUGUAUAUGGUAAGGACAUAUUGAAUGUCGUAGCGUGUGAGGGACUGGAAAGAGUUGAAAGGCCUGAGACAUACAAGCAGUGGCAGGUUAGGAAUGUGAGGGCUGGGUUCAAGCAACUCCCACUAGACCAAGAGAUUUUGAAGAAAGUGAAGAGAAUGUUGAAGUUUAUGGGUUAUCAUAAUGAUUUUAGGAUUGAUGAAGAUGGCCAUUGGAUUCUGCAGGGAUGGAAAGGAAGAACCAUUAUGGCUCUUUCCUUUUGGAAAAAAGCCUAGACCACUAUAAAAUCUUUAGUCUCUUUGCUCUUGAAUUUUUCCUUUAAUCUUCCUUCCAUUGACGAAGUUGUGUUUACCGUUUUGUCAUGUUGUAAUGAGUUCAUUGUUAAUUUUAUUUAUUCAUCUCUUCCAAUGGGAGCUUGAUCUUGGAUUUGCAAUAUUUUGAUCUAAGCUGGAGCAGAGCA